GGGAUUAGGGAACAUUGUACGUUUGAUUCACGUAUACUUUAUUAAUUUAAAGAUUAAUUUGACCUGUGUAAAACUUCGGAGUCCUGUACUCAUGUACAACACUUAAACGCACCUCAACGCAUUCCUUAUCAUGAGCCCCACCGCCUCGAGUUAUCCACAGAUGUUACAUACAGAUGUUAGGUGCCUUACUUUUCUUCUUCUUUUUCAUUUUUAUUUUUUUGCUUUAUAUAAUUUCACAACAUCUAGACUGUACGUUCCGCACAGAGCAGGAGUUUCACUCAGAUAAGUUGUGUUUGUCUUUCAGCUCAGUGAACCUUGAUCAGCUGCUGGAGUCUGUUUUUUUCCCCAUUUCUUCUAUUUAAGGGAAAGAUCUUUUUCCACUUCAGCUUUAAUGUCAGACACAACGUGUGAGGAAAAGCUAAGCCACCGUGCUGUAACUGAAUCAUCUGCCCAUUUCCUCUUUCCCUGCAUCCAAUCCAUACCCCCCCUGUGGUGCCCAUACUUGGCCCCGAGAAAAGGUGAUUGUCUUUUUUUCUAAUGAGCACCCCAGGGAGACACAGCCAGGUUUUAAAUGCAGUCUAUUCAGAGGCCAGUGACUCUCCCCACCAGCUGCUGAAGAAGAAUGGGACAAAAUCAAUCAGUUGCCAGUGAAAAGUUCCAUCUUCUUCUCCACUGACCUCACUUGACCCGUCAGACAAAAACACCUCUGAAGUUCAUUUGAGAUAGAUGUUGCUUGGAUGCAGUGGACGACGCGCUCUUCCAGGUGGUCCAGACAGGAAGCGGCCCGAGUGUGUCUUGGAUCACGGAGUCGGCACUUGGAUUCCUCUUCCUGAGUCUUGCUCCAGAGGCCUGAGUGCCAUGCCAGAGGGGUCCCAUUCUGCUCUCCACCAGGGCCCAAUGGGGGAAGAAUCUCCUCAGUUGUCCUCGCCCCUCUUCACCGGUGAACAUGGCCAGGCCAACAUUGACUUGGGCCCAGACUGUUACAGCCGGCUAUGUGCGGAGCCACUGGACGGAGAGGGUGAACGUCCAGUGAGCCUGGUAUCCACCCUGUCCUCCGACUCGUCCCGCGACAGUCGCAGCCUUUUUGGAAGUACAAUUGCUCUUCCUUCCUCUACCACCCCGCCCAUACAGUGCGGGGAGGACAUAGACUUGGAGCUGAGCCCAGCAGAAGGUAGCGGAGGGCAGGCUGGAGACCAGAGUCCCACCCUGACGAGCUCCAGGGGCCACUGGCAGGAUCGGCCAGAGCCAAAGGUGAUCAGUAACCAGCGGAACAACAACAACGCUGCCUCCAACAGGAAGGCAAGUGCUGACAGGCCUCACCUCCCCGCCCCGCCUGUCGUCACGGACGCCAUGGCGCCCAACCCGAAGUUGACCUAUGUGGACCGUGUCGUCAUGGAGAUCAUCGAGACGGAGCGCAUGUACGUCAAGGACCUGCGCAGCAUUGUGGAGGACUAUUUGGCUCACAUCAUCGAUAUGAGCGACCUUCCCAUACGGCCGGAGCAAGUGUGUUCCCUGUUUGGAAACAUAGAGGACAUCUAUGAGUUCAACAGUGAACUGUUACAGUCUUUGGACAUGUGUGAGAAUGACCCUGUGGCCGUUGCUAGGUGCUUUGUAGAUAAGAGUGAAUACUUUGAAAUUUACACCCAGUAUUGCACCAACUAUCCCAACUCGGUGGCAGCAUUGACCGACUGCAUGAGGAGUAAAACUUUGGCCAAGUUCUUCAGGGAUCGGCAGGCCGCUCUGAGGCGCUCCCUCCCUUUAGGCUCCUUCCUGCUCAAGCCAGUCCAGAGGAUCCUGAAAUAUCACCUGCUGCUGCAGGAAAUCGCGAAGCACUUUGGCCCAGACGAGGAGGGCUACGAGGUGGUGCAGGAGGCCAUAGACACCAUGACCGGAGUGGCCUGGUACAUCAACGACAUGAAGAGAAAACACGAACAUGCUGUCAGAGUGCAGGAGAUACAGUCUCUUCUGAUCAACUGGAAGGGUCCUGACCUGACCACCUAUGGAGAGCUGGUGCUGGAGGGCACGUUUCAUGUCCUGAGGGCGAAGAACACCCGCACGCUCUUCCUCUUCGAAAGGAUGCUCCUCAUUACCAAGAAGAGAGGGGAACACUACGUCUACAAGAUCCACAUCUCGUGCGCCACCCUGAUGCUACUUGACAGCGCCAAGGAUCCCCUGCUCUUCAGUGUCAUCCAUUUCAAGCAUCCCAAGCAGCCCCAUACAGCGCAGGCCAAGUCUGUGGAGGAGAAGCGCCUCUGGGCCCAUCACAUUAAGAGGCUCAUUCUCGAGAACCACAACACCAUCGUCCCCCAGAAGGCAAAAGAUGCCAUCCAGGACAAUUCAAACUAUCUAGGGAAGUACCAGUAUAGUCCAGAGAGGCUGAGUAAAGCAGAGUCCUGCCAGGCCGACGACUUCCACCUCGGAGGACGCAAGGGGAGAAGGAGAUCAGAGCCUGCAAAGCAGAUCAUAAGGAGCACCAAAGCUGUUUUGAAGCAUGCAGACAGUGAGGGUGCACUGCUGGGGGAUAGGUGCUCCCUGCAACCGGCCACUGGCGUCAGCACGCUGGCCUCCAGUCUCGGCGAGGCCCAGGCUGAGAGGCCGUGUGUGGACGAUCCGACUCCCACAAGGGACUCUCCAGUGCAGCUAAGUCCCACUGACAGUGGCCCCAAUCUGGGCUCUUCACCCAGUGAGGUGGGGCUGCAGCCGGAGAAGGCAAAGAAGGAGGAGGAGGAGGAGGAAGGGGAGAGUUACAAGGAAGAUAUACUGAUGGGAGACGACCAGGUAGCCGACUUUGCCAACUCAGUGCUGGCAGCCAUCUCCUGCUGGCACUAUAGAGCCAGGGCUUUGCUUUCUACUCACUUCACAACGGAUGAUCACAACAGAGAUGUGACUGAAGUGAAAGCCACUCAGAGAGAGGAGGCUGACACUCGCAGGCAGGAGGAAAAACAAGUGGACGUGAAAGAAGCUCUCACCACACAGGUCAAUGCGGAGGAGCUUUGCCCUCUAGACUGUGUCCCUCAGGCGGAGAAGAGUGAUCAGCUGGAGCCCCGAUGUCCUGAGUCUCCCGUCUCCCCUGCUCAACAAGACGCCGGCUCCCCAGAACCUCAAAUAACUAGAGAGACUGGAGAGGAAGAAGAAGGAGGGAGCGAUUCCUCCGGCCUCCACGUGGAGGAGACGAGUCUGCUGACGAACGGCGAGCUCUCGGAGGAGGAGGAGGAUGUGUUGGCUCAUAAAAGCAUCCUACCCUCGUCCGUUUUGGACCAGGCUAGCGUUAUAGCCGAGCACUUCAUCAGUAACUUGUCCAGACGGAGCAGCCUGGUUUCAGAGGACCUGGGUUCCCUCGCCUGCCCCUCACCUCCGGUCGAAAACGAAGUCUUCAAAAGCUCCUCGGCCUGUAUGGACUUGGAAACACAGGCGCAGUUGGAGAACUCUACCCCAGAGCCUCAGGCGACCUCCGAGGCCAAUCUGUCGACACCUGCACAUGAACCUGCACUGGACGCCCUCAUGGAAGGAGAGCAAAGGUCAACUCUCUCCAAACAAGACCGCCUCCUCAUUCACAAGAUCAGGAGGUACUACGAGCACGCCGAGGACCAGGAUGCCAACUUCAGCAUCAAGCGCAGGGAAAGUCUCUCCUACAUCCCAGCAGGCCUGGUCAGGCACCUGAGCCGACAGCUGAACAGUGUUCCUCAGGAGCAGGCAGCCCCAGUCCACAGGAAAGGCCUCUCUCGGAACCGGCCCACCUCCUGGUCUGUGUUUGACCUUCCCGGAUUAGAAAAGAGUCGAAACACUGAAACUCGCCAGAAAGCAGAACCGCAGAGAGCAGUGGAAGCCAAGACUGGACCUCAGAGCGUCAGUGAAGCCUCAACCGCAGAAGAAGAGUUCAGGAGCUCGUCGGACAUGCUCAAGGUUUGGCAAGACAUGGAAAUGGAGGAGGAGAGCCAGGCAGUGCCCCAGACUGAAGAGGAGGACGUUCAUGAUUCAAGAUUAGAAGCAACACAGGAUACAAGCAUAGACACUUCAGAUGUUAAGACCAGUGAACAACCACCUCAGAUUUUAGAAGAAUCUGAAAUAUGCAUCGCCUCAGAAGGCUCCUCGAUCUCGUCACCCAGCGCAAUCUCUGCAGCAACGGACGGGGGGUCUGGUCAGGAGUGUAAGCCAAGUGCGACUCCCGCGCCACAAGAGAAGAACCAUGUCAACCAAGGCCAGCUGCCUAAGCUCAUUAGCUUCCGAGCGAGUAUUGACGAGGACCAGAUCCUGCAGGACAUGGGAAAGAUGAAGAACAAGGUGUUCCAGCUGGCCCGGCAGUACAGCCAGCGGAUCAAGAACAACAGACCGAUCGUCUGGCCGAGGAACCGAGAAACGGCCAAUCACCAGGGCUUCAAGAACAUGCCUGCUGUCCACGAGGAGAAGGCGCCGCUGAGGAAGAAGGGUAAACCCAACCUGAGAUUGCCCUUGACCGCCUGUGAGGAGAUGGUCAUCCACGAAGUGCGUUCUCCAAGCCCAGUCCAGACCCCCAGCUCCCAGAGCACAGUCCCCUGCCCACAGAGCCCACAGAGCCCACAGAGCCCACAGCCCGAGACCUUCCACUGGCCCCACGUGCAGGAGCUGCGCUCCAAGUACACCGGGCCCUGCCACCCCUCAAACGCGACCUGUAGCUGCGCACUCGGGGUGUUGGAGUGCUGCAGGAGCGUGUGUGACAGCUGCUCACACAAGUACAACAGCUCCUCAGACCUUCACAGAGCUCUGACGGACUGUCCCAGGACACAUUCUGAAAGGUGUGCGGUGGUGGAGGACUGGCCCCAGGCCCAGCCCCGGCUUCAGCCCCUGCUGUGCAGGUGGAGUUCCUUGGACCACAUGCUCGGAUCUCUGCCCCUCCACGAAGUGCAGAACCUUCAGGAUCCCGUGAGGACCUGCAAACUGCCGGAGCGGGACAUCCUCCCCCAGGAUGAGCUUGACUGCGCAGAGAGGAUGGCCGUCCCGAGUUCGGGGAAGAUGUCGGAGAGUCAUCUGGUGAAAAGCUUACGGGAGAAGUUCCAGAGCUUGGGCACAAGCUCCUGAGCGUGUGAAUCGUGAACGUGUGAAUCAUGAACAUUUCUUUUAUUUCUUUUAUCAAGAACCAUCAUAUUGAAACACCUGCCAGUCAUCUGAUCAUUCUCAACGUCCUUUUUUCUCCCCCAAAAAGAAUGCAACUUAUUAUCUGCACAAUGUUUUUUUAGUACACAUUUGGUGAUGAUUUGUGUUGAACAUGAAAGGGAUUGUUGUUGUUGUUGUUGUUAUUAUUAUUAUUACUGGUCAUUUGUUGGGGUUAUGAGGGGGAAUCAUGUUGUGGUGAAAAGAGUGCAUUGCAUUAUUUGUACAUUGUGUGUUUGCCUGCACUGUACAUGCACAGUUUGUGUAAACAAUGUGUAUAUAGUCGCUUGUAUCAAUUGAAGAUCAGGUCCAACUUUAUUAUUAUUAUGUACAUAUUUGGGUCCCACCCACUGUUGAUUAUUUUUGCUAUAGUCACGAUUAUAAUUUGACCACAUCAACUGGAGUUUGAAGGUGAAGCCUGAACACCAACGAGAGAGCUCAGCUGUCUGCAGAGUCUCGGACCGGACACCAAAGAGAGUUUCCUUUUUUUAAACCUUUGUCCACUUUUUAACGCACGUGGCUUUGAUCCACGUUUUACUGUAGCUGCUUCUUAAACGGUCUUCACAUACUGUAUCGAGGGAGCUUUUUUUUGUUUCUCCGCACGUUGUAUAUUUCCUUGAUUUAUUAUUUAUGAGACUGUAUAUUUGGGGAGAAAGCAGCCUCGUGUAAAUACUGAGCGGUAUAGCAACCCUUUUUAAUUUUCAGUUCCGGGGGGAAAAAAAAUAUAUUGUUUCAUACUUGAAGUUUCCCAUAUUUUCAAAAUAAAACAGAAAUGGUCAAAGUGUCAA